CAGGCUCUAGCAAUGUUUUUGCUGACGGUGGUCUCAACAAAAAGAGCACCACCACCCCUCCGACUUCUCCGAUGAAGCAAGCUUCCCCGAAGACAACAAAAUCGCCUGUUCGUGGAACAGGAAACGAGAAUCGACACGUCGUUCUCCGUCUGGGGCCUCCUUCUUUGCCUGGACUCUUUGGGAUGCGCUUGCCUCUUCAGACGCGCACGAUGACUGUGGGUACGCAUGUCCUUUAUCCGACAAGCACGGGUCCGGCACCAAAAGUCCUCAACAAAGCGGCUACCGCGUCAUCUUCUGCUGUUGGAGGAAAAUUUCUCGACGGACAGCGCCCCAACGCCGACUCUAGCAGGAGUACUACCGGUAACGCUCUUUCCGAAAAGAUGAUGACAGAUCAGACAUCUGCUGGGAGUGGAGGCGCGUUCUCGUCUUUCGUAAAAAGUAUGUGCAAUUUUGUCACGAACACAUUGUCGGCGAAAUCGAACAGGGGGUCAACUGCAGUAGUAGAAAACCCCAGUACCAACGUUAAGAUAAAGGACGCACCUGCGGCACAAGGUACUAAAGCCGCGGCUUGGAAUAACCGUGAGCGGUCACUCGGAAGGCGACAGUACAUUGAUCCGGAUGACCCGUAUUUUGCAUACCUGUCGCCUCCAUCGGCAAACUACAGUUUAUGGGUAACUGCGACAAAACUCCAUUAGUUUCAAGCGGAUUGUCAUUUUGCUGUUUCUUUUUCGACGCUACAAUACCGGGGUUAUUGUUACAGACAAUGAGAACCAGGACCCCCGGGAGAUUGUUUGAGGUUCAUGAGUAACUACAAAAACGUUCCCCACAAUUCAUUGUUUUUCUUGCUUCAUUUUCCUCUUUUCGACACGACCUUUCGAGUGGCGGCUCCUCGCGUGGAGGAGCCGACGACGGAGCGGCGAUCAAUGCGGAAGCGCUGAUGCAGACUCUUGCUGUUUUGGGAAAUCGCAGUAGCAGUACAGAAAUCGGCGCAGCAGGCAGCAUUUUACAGACCGACAGUGAGCGACGCGAACGUAUUUUUCAUUUGUUGCUGAUGUUCUUCAUGGUACUAACUUGGACUAGCAUGCAGCGCCGAGGAGGAUCAUUUUUUCAUCAAUUGCAAUAACAGUGAAUUGUAGAGGGUGUCGUAUUCAUGUUUAUUCUGUUUUUAGUUUUCGUGCCCCUCGUAUCUUCUUAUCUUCAUAUCUUCAGUCCCGCCUUCUCCUCUUGCAUCCGCAUUUUACUCCGUACAGUUGAACUCGCUCGUCAGCGGGACAUGAUGGGCGGUUUAGGUGACGAAGAAUUUUUGUAUGGGAGUGAGUUCAUGGACGACGAUCCUUACGGCCCCUACGGACCCUAUGGACAUCCUGAGGACGAGGAUGAUUUCUAUGACUUUGGAGGUGACCUUCAUCCUGGUCGUGGCGGACGCGAUCUUUACUCCGAUGAUGAUUUCGGUCCAGACUAUAUCAACGAUUUGGAAUUAGACUAUAACCGCCACAGCUCAAGUAAAAGUGCAACAUCGAGCAAUGGAAGGAGAGGACUUGGUGGAGGACAGCCAAAUCAAAGUGAAGCAGAACGGGCGGCCGAAGAAAGAGAGAAGAAAGACGCGCUUGAGGACCUCAUGCGCAUGCUCGCGGAACACAAGGAGAGAAAAGAACAACAAGAACGGGGGGGUCUGCAGUUCUUGGACGGUACAACUUCGAGUGGUAAUGCAAGUGCUACAACAAGCCUCAAAGGGCACGAGUCAUCCCGGUUGGAAGUGAUUCGGGAAGAGAGUGAAGAAGAGGACUGCACAACGAGCGAGGACGAAGGGGUCAACAUGCUUAACGACCUCCACGAGAUGAAGAAGGAUUCGAAGAAGAUGAGUGGCAAAUCCAGCACAUCAUCUUCGAGUUCGAAGAAACUAGGCUCCAAUGUGAGUGCCGCGGCCCGGCGGAAAAUGAUGAAACAAACCACAAGAACCAAUAUGAAGCAGAAAAAAGCGAACAAAACAAUUGCGACAACGAUGUCAGGGACAAGUCAAGGCCUUCAGGGCAGUACGAGUACGGCAGGCUCCGCCGCGUCAACUAGAACUACAACUACACUUGCUACUUCAAAGAAUUCCAAGAAGACCACGAAAAAGGACGACGAAGCAGAGCACGCGAAGCAAGUCCAAUUGUUACAGCAGCUGCUUGGCUCCUUAAAACCAGAUUCGGACUCCCAAGAUUUCGCCGACGAGGAUGAGCAGCGUCGAUACCUGGACUCUUUGUUUCUCCAGCAAGAUAUGGACGGCUCCGACCAGUACCCGCCUUUUCUGGAUCCGACCUCCCCCGGCUAUGAUCCUUUCGAGGCUUACCUGGAUGAUUAUGAUCCCUAUGACGAUUACGAGUGGGACGAUCUAGACGACCAAGCGAUUGACAUGGAUGCUCUGCAAAAGGUCGGAAAAAAGGUGGCGCUUGAUCGUGGAAAGGAGGUGGUGCAGAAGAACAAAGGUACGGACUCUUCUGAUGCAAUCGAAUAAAUAGGACCUUCACCUUCUGAGUCAUCACAAUGACUUGCCAGUUUGCAGUAUCUAAAAUAACUAUUGUAUCAUACAAACAUAGAUAUACGAUAGAAUCAGAUACAGCUCUUUUAUCCUCUACUCUCCAGAUAAGAGCAAGUCCACUCCUUCCUCCGAACAACUGAGUGAGGCGGAGUUGAUUCGACUGGUAGAUCCUGCGUUGCUUCUAGUGGAGGCUGAGUGCUUUAUGGAGGCUUGUCGUUGGGAAGAUUCGAUUUUGAACGUCAUGGCUGCGCGCUACUGCAUUGAGAGUCAAUCAGCGAAAACGCUGAUUGAGAUCUGCGGCCCGCACUGGGAACGACUAGUCACAAGGGGAAUGGCAAUACUUAUGGCCAGAUGAGGAAGAAACAAAUACCAGUGAAAUACCAAUAUUUGAGACUCAUAUUUUAAUCCCUGGUCCUCGUAAACGACUGCCCUCUAGUCUUAGCAAAUAUUAAUAUGAGUUGUGGAAGAUGUUAUUCACUUCUAAAACCUAGAUGAUUUGUGCGUAUCAGCUAGGUGAUCGAACGCAGGCAGUGGAGUUGGGUGAGGAGCCGAUGCUUUUGCAAAAUGUCGAGGCGGGACACUUGUCGCCCUCGCUCCAAGAGAGGUUCGUGGGUACCAAACAGGUCCUGAGCUUCAUGCCUAAAUUUCUCGAGAUGUGCGAUCAGAUGGCUGCGACGAAAAAGCAGGAAGAAAAAGGAAAUAAGUUGAAAAACUGCAACACUACUAAAGCCUCAAGUUCAUCAAGUAGAACGACGUCGACAAGUAGUAGUGCAUCUGGUAGCUCUUCUACAGGAGGAAAGAAAGCCCUCCUGCAGGAAGAUCCCUCGUCUCACAAAAAAGUUGGCGCAACUGCAAAGCUGUCUCUAGGCAAUUCCGGUAAGAAGGCAAGCAAGACCGCUGCAGCUUCUUCUGCCAGGUCGUCUUCAACAAGCAGACCACGAAAGAAGUGAACCGAAUGCAGAAGCAUCUUCAAAAUCUACUUCUUCAAAGUACUAAUCAUAUUUAUCGGAAACAAGAAUAAGAAAAUAAACACGAAAAAGGGUCGACAGCUUUGUGGAAGGCAAUCGCGUUCUCUAUUACUAUUCCCCUUCUUUCUUGCCGUUCUUAGAGGCCAUGAGACCGCUUUUGCGAGUUGACAUCACGCAGCAAAUAUAGAGACCGACACAAGUACAUUGUUGAUGUUCAUCGUGUUUUAGAGCAAUCAAAGAAACUAACAAAGCGAAUUACUCUGUCCUCGGGAAAAAUGCAUCGUCCAGAUCGUCUAUCCUGUGGCGAAUUACAACGUGGAGCUCUGCUUAGUGGCGACGUAGACGACUGGCGCGUGCAACACAACACCAAAUGUACAAGUAGUGGCCUAGCUGCGAAGAUAUCCGUAGAAAGCCUCGAGGACACUAAAAAAUCCUGACUCCAUUUAUAGGGUGGAAGUAUCCUGAAUUUCUCGAAUUUUACACCUGUCUGAGCCGCCAGAACACGCGGAUGGAGGAAAAUUUUUCUGAUUUGCUGUAAGAGAAGGGCUAGAAUAAAAGGAACCUUGAUGUUUUGCGAAUCAUGAUAUUGUCCUUCCUCUGAGAUGCUUGAUAACUAUUACUAUUGCGAUGUCCUCGAACGAUCUAAAGAAACAAGUUGACGAAGCGCACACUGUAGUUCUGUUCUAUCGCACAAUGAAAGCGUGCACUUGUGCGGUGCUGGGAACCUAAUAU